CGCCCUCCUCCAGCCGAGCCGGGAGUGUCAAUUCGAGAGUGUUACGCUCCGGCCUUCCUCGCCCGCCGCCCGCCCGGCGAGCCAGGCCAGAGCUGCGCGCGCCUGUCGGUUCCACAACCAUCUUCCAGAGACCCAGCUGUCCAGCGGACCCGGCCGUCGGCGAUGUUUUAUUUUCACUGUCCGCCACAGCUAGAGGGCACUGCAUCCUUUGGCAACCACUCCCCAGGGGACUUUGAUGAUGGGUUUUUGCGCAGAAAACAGCGCCGGAACCGAACAACGUUCACUCUUCAGCAGCUGGAAGCUCUUGAAGCAGUUUUUGCCCAAACGCACUAUCCAGAUGUCUUCACCAGAGAAGAGCUAGCCAUGAAAAUAAACCUCACAGAAGCUAGAGUGCAGGUUUGGUUCCAGAACCGAAGGGCCAAGUGGAGGAAAACAGAGCGAGGGGCUUCAGACCAGGAGCCUGGUGCCAAGGAGCCCAUGGCGGAGGUAACUCCCUCACCGGUGAGAAACAUCAACUCCCCGCCCCCUGGGGACCAGGCUCGGACGAAGAAGGACACAUUGGAGGCCCAGCAGAGCCUGGGGCGAACAGUUGGUCCCACGGGACCUUUCUUCCCCUCCUGCUUGCCAGGAACCCUCCUGAAUACAGCCACAUAUGCCCAGGCCUUGUCACAUGUUGCCUCCCUGAAAGGAAGCCCACUGUGCUCUUGCUGUGUCUCGGACCCCAUGGGGCUGUCCUUCCUCCCCACCUACGGCUGCCAGAGUAACCGCACAGCCAGUGUGGCUGCCCUGCGCAUGAAGGCCCGAGAGCACUCAGAAGCUGUCCUGCAGUCUGCCAACCUCUUACCAUCCACCAGCAGCAGCCCCAGUCCUGCAGCCAAGCCAGCACCCCCAGACAGCAGCCAGGACAAGACCCCUCCCACCAAGGAACAGAGCGAGGGUGAGAAGAGUGUAUGA